GACUUGGGAGUUUCUUUUGGGGACGAAAGACACAAAAAGCUCAAUUAAAAGGACAAUGGUGAAUUUCCAUCUUGCGAAGAUUGACGAAACUUUUAAGCAGUUCUUGCAAUGGUAGACCUCAAUUUCACUUACAUUUUCCAGAGCCGGAAUCGGGAACCUUUUCAAGUUCAAGUUCAGAUUCAAAGAUAUGUUUGUGAUUCAGAUUCAGCCAAAUCAUAUUCCCAAUUUAGUUUUAGACUCAGAGACUUCUCAGACCACUGGAAAAUGAAAGGAUGCGGGAUGAAUUGGAGAAAGCUAUAAAUAUCAUAUGGAACUGUCGGCUACCAUCACCAAGAUGUGUUGCAAUAGAUGCUGUUGUUGAGCUUGAUUUGGUCUCUCCUCUACAAGUGUCCAUCUUCCCAGAGCUUAUCUUCACUAAAGCUGGAAAGAUCUUAUACCGUGAGAAAGCGAUUCGAACAGCAGAUGAGUUGUCAAAAAUAAUGGCAUUCUUUUAUUAUGGAGCAGCCAAACCGCCAAGCUUAAAUACCAUUGGAAAGAGAGAAGAACCAAUCCCUACCAUUUCAAUCAACAGUGAACAGUGUCAGAAUAAAAGCUGUACAUAACUAUAUAUAUAUGUAUGCUAUAGUUUAGAGAAUGAGAGUUUCUGGGUUAGCGAUGCUGUGUUUACCAUGUUGUUCCCCAUACAGAUCAAUGGACACAGUGAAAA